AUGACGGAAGUCCCUUCUACCCGUCUCUACAUAGGGAAUCUCCCUCGCGAUGUCACGAAGCAUGAUGUUGAACGCCACUUCCUGGAACUUGGCGAAAUCGUUGAAAUCAGGCUUAUGAAUGGGUUUGGUUUCAUCCAGUACAAGGAUUCUAUGGACGCACGGGAUGCGGUUCCU